GAGGGGGAUGUGAUAGCGACUGCCAUGCACACGGGGCUCCUACCCGUCGGUCGUUUCGAGUGGUCGUUAAGUCAUUCAGGAAGCAGGAACAUGACCUUAACUGCUUGUGCGAAGGAUCAGUUCACGUGUUCGAAUGGCCUCUGCAUACCUCUGGAGAAUCGCUGUGACGGCCUGGAGGACUGCAGUGACAGCAGCGACGAAAUCUGCUCACUGCUCUUGCCACUGCCUGACACAUACCAACGACGACGACCUCACCAGUUCUUCACUGACCUGAAUUUGACCUUGUCUUUGAUGGAGGUCUUGGAGGUAGAUGUCUACGGCAGUAUAUGGAAGGCUAAGAUGAAGCUCCGAACCAGCUGGCGGGACAAGCGAGUCCUCCUGUUUCAGAUGAGCGAGAUUCCCUCCGACAACAUCCUAGACAAGGAGGUUCUCUGGACGCCGACGACCACCCUCCUCAACGCCGUUUUCACGGACGAAGUGGCUUACCUGAAGGACGAAGGGAAACUCACUGCCUUGCUGGCUCAUCGAGACGGACCAGGGACUGCAGUGACGCGCAGUGCCUUUGAAGGCUACGAAUACAACGGCAGCAGCAACGCCCACCUCGUACUGUUCGAAGUGUUCGAAGCUUCGUUCAAGUGUCGCUUCGAGCUCAACCUGUUCCCCUUCGAUAUCCAUGUGUGUGAAGCAAACAUCUCGAUCCGGCAGCUCAGCAAGUCUUUUAGGGGAGUCUAUCAUUAUGUGGAUGUCUCAGGAACACCACAGACCCCUGAUCUGCCCCUCUUCACGCCUUCCAGAGUGUGUUAUUCUCCAGAGUUUGAUGAGAAUGGCAAUGUAACGAUGGUUUCCUUCAAGAUCCUGCUCCAAAGACGCUACGCUUCCUACAUCUUUACGACUUUUGGCCCUUGCUUUGUGCUCACUCUCAUAGGCUAUUUGACUCUCUUCUUUGGCGUCGACAACUUCAGCGACCGCAUCAUGGUGACCCUCUCGUGCCUGAUCGUGGUGGCGGCCCUCUUCGCCCAGAUCGCCACCACCACGCCCUCGUCAGCUUGCCCCAAAACCAUCGACAUGAUCUUCCUCGCGAUCAUCAUGCGCUUGUUCUUCGUCGUUCUCCAUCACUCGAUCUUCUACCUCCUUCGGGUCUACGUGAAGAAGUGCGAGGAGAGGAGAAUCCGCGAGGCCGUCCAGCCUCUAACCGUUCAGAAGUGGGUCGACGUCUCGGCAGAUCUUCCUCCCGUUUACAUGCCUCCCGACGUCAAACUUCGCAAAAUGCCUUGGGAGAAGUCGGACGAGGAGGACAAGGGUCGAAAGAACCAGAGGAAGAGCAGCAAAUGUCUCUCGAAGUGUGACAAAAUCUUCAAUGUUCUGGGCAUUGUUGUGGGACUUCUAUGGGAUGUGUUGUGGGUCUCCUUCUUCUACUUCACAGUUAUGAUGGACAGGGAUCACAUUCUACAGGAUUUCAACAAGUGUCUGGCCGAGGCUAACCCUUGAUAAUACAUGAUCGUUAUUUAAAGAGUUUUUUGAAAUGCGAUAGAUCAGUUUAGAGUUUCUGGAAGUUUUUGAGGAGGUAAUUAACGGAUCAAUGUUUAUUUAUUUUAACCUGAUACAUAACACCUGGAAUCUCUGCAUUUUGAGUUUAUUUACACCUCAUGAGUGGCAUUUUGAGCAAAUCUUAAUAAUACAAAUUUGAAAGUUGUCUGAACAAAUUUGUUGUUAAAGCUAGUGAUCUGAUAUGAUAAAAUAUAUAUUGAUAUAUGUACAGUGCAUUAUUGAUUACUUAUUUACUGUAUAUUAUUCUACGUUUAUGAUGACUAGAUAUGAAUACACCAAAUAUGAUAGG